CGAAAAAGCUUCAAAGGUAGAGGAAGAAGGAGAACAGACAGGGGAAGAAGAAGUAUUAAACCUCGUGAAGCGGGAAUUGACAGCUCAUCAGCAUGGACUGGGGUCAGAAUGAGCUGCCAUCUCCGGUGGUUCGAGAUGAUGAGGUUACAGUUGCUGCCCGAAGGAGAAAGAAGGUGGCCUUCCCGUCUCCCGGCAGUGGCAGCCCGGUCAUUUCUACGGUAACACCAGCCCGCCCCCUGGCGAAGAACAACCCUGCCUCACUGUUCCGACAGGCUGUCACUCCCAGAGUUCCUGAUGUUUCCACCAUCUUGGGACCAGGAGGUCGAACGCCUCGAUACACCCAUACACCCAAAAAUGCAUUCAGCAGUCUGAAUUUGGACGACAGUGACUGGACCCAGAGCUUUUACACGUCCCCCUUGUCCGGACUGGAAAACACCAGCUUCUUUAAUGACGAUGUUGCAAACCUCAGCUCAGCACUGCUAAAGGAGGACGACCCAGGAGAGGCAGCGGCUGCCACCCUUUUCCAGGAGUUCCUCUCUUCCUUUCUGAAACACUCAUCGUCUGCUGUGUUUGAUCUGCUGGAGGAUUAUCAGACACUCUGUCAGGACAAGGUGGACGUUCUGCAGUCGGUGGUUCUGAGAGCGGGUCAGAACAGUAAAACAGCUGGAGUCCGCUGGCUCCUGCAGAAAGAGAACUGCACCUGGAGACUGAUCACCUCACUCUACAGGGAUCGGGUCCAGUUGGCACUGGAAGAUGACAUCAUGACAGACAUGGUUGUCCCCAGUGAGAGUGAGAAGGUUGUGGUGGAGCAGCUCUUCCAGCGGGAUGCCAUCAUACGACAGAGUCAGCUGGUUGUUGAUUGGCUGGAGAGCAUCGCCAAGGAUCAGAUUGGAGAUUUUUCUGAUAACAUAGAAUACUACGCCAAAAACGUGUGCUGGGAGAACACCCUCCAUGCGCUGAAGACGAGGAGGAAGAGUGGCGCUGCCUUCACCGUUCCUCUCGUCACAGAGCUGGACCCAGACGCUCCUCUCCGGCAGCAGCGACCGCUGGCUGACCUGGACAGAGAGGAUGACGCCCGUCUCCUGAAGAACCUGUUCACUCUGAUCCGAGCGGGAAUGACAGACGAGGCUCAGAGGCUGUGUAAACGCUGCGGUCAGGCCUGGAGAGCUGCCACUCUGGAAGGCUGGAAACUCUAUCAUGAUCCCAACAGGACAUCAGGUAGCUUAGAAUUACAGCCCGUGGAAGGAAACCCACAGAGAGGAAUCUGGAAGGCAUGCUGCUGGAGGAUGGCUGAAGAGGAGCAAUUAAACAGAUAUGAGAGAGCGAUCUACGCCAGCCUGAGUGGGAAUCUCAAACCGCUCCUGGCAGUGUGUGAAUCGUGGGAGGACUCUGUGUGGGCCUACUUCAGAGUCAUGGUGGACUCUCUGGUUGAAAAGGAUCUCAUGUCGUCAGGAAUGGCCCACCAGGAAGUGGAGACGCUGCCAAGAGAAUACCUGGAGGCCAAUUGGACGAUGGAAAAGGUGUUUGAGGAGCUUCAAGCAUCAGAGUCAAAGAGGGUCUUAGAUGAGACAAAGGAACAUUACCACAUCAUCCAGAAGUUCAUCAUUCUGGGAGACCUUGAUGGUAUGUUGGAGGAGUUUUCUGAUUGGCUGACAGCCUCUAAGCCCCUCCCUUCACACCUGCUGCGUUUCAUGACUCACCUUGUCUUGUUUUUCCGCUCUCUGGGUUUGGCAUUAAAGGAGGAGGUGUGCGUUGAUGUGGUGAAAGCGUAUGUCUCCUUUCUGAUUCGGGACCAGCAGACAGACUUGGUGGCGAGCUAUGUUGGCCAACUUCCUGCAGAGCUCGCCACAGCUCAGUAUGCAGCUUUCUUGGAGACCGUCACUCAGCCGGAGCUCCGCCCUCAGUGCCUGCAGCUCGCCACCGAUGCCGGUCUGGAUGUUUCUGCGAUAACUAAGCUGGUGGUGGAGACUGUAAGAGAAAGAGAUGAGACGGAGUUUACACACCACAGCCAGACACUAGAGACAGGAACUACUAAGGAGGACCAAAGGAAGAUUGAUGUUAUUGAUUGGCUGCUGUUUAACCCUACCCAUCGUGCUGAAGCCUUAAAACAGUCCAAUGCCAUCAUGAGGAAGUUUCUGGCUCUGCAGAAACAUGAUGCAGCCAAGGCAGUGUUCUCUAAAGUUCCAGAGGAUUCAAUGAGGGAAAUUUACUGCCAGUGGACAAGUGUUGGUCAGACCUUGCCCCUACCUGCUGAGGACGAAAAUGCCAUCAGAGAGCACCUGUGCAUCAGAGCCUACCUGGAAGCUCACGAAGCGUUCACUGACUGGUUCAGCCACAGUAGUUCUGCGCCUCAGAAGCCAGCACCUGCCCCUGAAGCCAAAUUCACUGAGAGAGUAGCCAAUGAGAUGAAAGAAAAGGAGUACCAGGUUGCCCUAACUGCCUGGUCGUGCCGCUUGGACGUUCUGACCGAAGAUGUGAAGGAAAGAAUCUACAACGUGCUGCUGUUUGUAGACGGAGGAUGGAUGGUCGACAACAGACAGGAGUCGGAGGAGGACACUGAGCGCAGCCACCAGAUGACCGUGUUGCGCUCUCUGUGUUUGCCUCGUCUCAGCUUCCUGUUGCUCAGCGUGCUGCAGAGCUCCUCCAGACACCAGGAGGCGCUGCGACUCGCUGACAUCAUCUCAUCUGACCAGCACCGCCUCUACCAGGUGUUUUCUAAAGAAGAGCUGAGGAGGUUUCUUCAGAAGCUCCGGGAAUCGUCUCUCGCUCUGUUGGACCGAGGACUCGACCCGCUGGGCUACGAACUGCAGCCAUGAUUACAUACAAACAAGGGUUUCUUUAAGAAUUUGUUUUGUUUUUCGCUAAAUAAAGGAUGUAUCUUGUA